AUGUCUGUGGCUCAUACGGUUUCCUGUGUUGCUAGUGUCGCGGUAAUCACAGCAGCUUUAUGCUCUGUGAUGAUCAUUGUCAAUGACAUCAACAACUUAAGCAAUGAUAUUUCAAAUGGAAUGGAGAACUUCAAGGAUAUCUCGGAAGCUACUUGGGGCAACAUUGUUGAUUUGCAUUCAGGAGCUCGUCGCGAAACUGUGAAUCGACAAUUCAAGAAGCUUGUCGGAAUUAAUAUUCGCUCCAAGAGGCAGAGCGAUAAUUGCCAAUGUGAGCUUCGCGCCACCAAGUGCCCACAGGGACCACCAGGUCCAAAGGGAGAGCCAGGUGUUCCAGGACUUCCGGGACCAGACGGCGAAGAUGGAAAAGACGGAACUCCAGGAAUCGCUUUGGUUCUCACCCACAAUGUCCCAGGAGGAUGUAUCAAGUGCCCAGCGGGACCACGCGGACCACGCGGUGACGCUGGACCACCAGGACCACCAGGAAACAAGGGACGACCGGGACAACGUGGACCACCAGGAGAGCAAGGAUCCCCAGGACCAGCUGGUGAGCCAGGAGACACUGGAAGCCCAGGAAACAAGGGAAGAUGUGGACAGCGCGGAGAGAACGGAGCCCCAGGAACCGCUUACACGCCAGGAGUCCAAGGACGCCCAGGACCGCAAGGACCACGUGGACCACCAGGAGAGGCCGGAAAAGACGGAGAAAAUGGAGCUCCAGGAGAUAAGGGAAAACCAGGUCAUCCGGGACGGCACGGAAAGCCGGGACGCCGCGGAAAGGACGGUGCUCCAGGUGUGUGCGGAAAAGAAGGACCAGUUGGACCAGACGCUGGAUAUUGUCAGUGCCCAGGACGCUCCAAAUAA